AUCCAAUUUAAAGUUCUGAGAGGCCACAGUGAUACAGUCAGCUCCUGCCAUUUUUGCUUUGAGGACACAAAAAUACUUUCAUGCUCUUAUGAUAGAACAGUGAAGCUCUGGGAUGUUGAGAAAGGUUUUCCUAUUCAAGUUUUUGAAGAAGAACACACCGCCCCAAUUUCCGAGUGCAACUUGACUCCUGAUGACAGAAGAGUGGUAACAUCGUCAUAUGAUCACACUGUCAAGGCUUGGGAUAUGGAAACAGGAAAAAUGCUUUGGACAGUUGAACAUGAAGGCAUUGUAACUUCAUGUAAUAUUUCUUGUGAUGGCAGAUAUGUGGUAUCUGCUUCAGACAGAGAAAAUACCAUAUGUGUCCUUGAUGCAAUAAGUGCAACCAUAGUGGCACAUAUCCAAGGUCAUCACAAAAGUACAAUCACAAGAUGUUGUUUUGACCCUGAUAACCAAAGAGUGACUUCAGUAUCAUAUGAUAAGACCAUAAAACUAUGGGAUCUGAGAACACGAUCCACCUCAAUUACAAUCAAUGAGGGACACAGCAAUGCUAUCUCAGAUUGUUGCUUUACCUCUGAUGGUCGUUACUUGUGCACAGCAUCCUGGGACAGAAGCUUAAAAAUAUGGGAUAUAAAGACAGGAGAAUUUCAGUGUCCUGAACCCGUUUGCUUGAACCAAGGACAUGAGGGUUCUGUUAGUUCCUGCCUUUUUAGUCAAGAUGCAUCACUUGUUGUGUCUGGUGGAUAUGACAAAACUGUAGCUAUAUGGGAUACAGAUGCAGCCUAUAAAAAGCUAAGCUUAAAGGGUCAUUGGGACUGGGUGAUGGAUGUUGGGAUUAGCAAAAACAACCAAUGGAUUCUUUCAGCAUCAAAGGAUUUUACUUUGAUAUUGUGGAAUAUUGAAAAGAUGGAUCAUAUUCCUUCAGUGACAGACAUCAGAAAAGCAAGAGGCUCAAAAAUUGCUCAGUGUGAAGAAUGUGAAAAACCAUUCUUAUGCCUGCAAUGUAGUGACUCUGAAACGAUAUCCAAGUGUGCAUUCUGUCGUCUGUCUUCUCCAGAACUUAAAGUGGGGAAAAUAGUUGGAACUGGGCAUGUGACAGACUGGAAUGCAGUUAAGCUGUGGAAUAUAAAGAAAUCCAAAUGCCGAUUACACUCUGGGCAUGUAAUUGGUUCUGUUCAUGAAGAAGAUCCUUUCCCGGUAGCUGCAGGUUGUGGGCCAGGCUCCGGGUUCGUUUGUGGCCCAUUCCUUGGCGCGGCACGUCCUCCGCCACUGCCCUGUGCAG